AUGCUGCUGCUCUGCCUUGCUCUCCUUGGCCUCACUGCUGCUGCCCCACGGAGGGACUCUGCUUUAACACAGUCCACCAGGAACAAGCUGCUGCUCAUCUCCUUCGACGGUUUCCGCUGGGACUAUGACCAAUAUGUGGAAACCCCCAACCUGGAUAAGAUGGCUCGGGAUGGGGUGAAGGCAGAGUACGUCAUACCACCUUUUCUCACCAUUACCAGCCCCUCUCACUUCACAAUGCUCACAGGACGCCAUGUUGAGAAUCACGGCGUCAUCCACAACAUCUGGUUCAACACGACCACUCAGGAGAAGAAGCAGUACUACCAGACCCAGUUUGUUGAUUCCUACUGGGACAAUGGGAGCUUGCCUAUCUGGAUAACAGCUCAGAGACAGGGUCUGAAGGCAGGCUCACUACAUUUUCCUGGCACUGCACCCGAGUACGAAGGAGAGAACGUGAUGUUCAAGCAGGUGGAGCCUCCUUUUUAUGAAUUCUCUAACGAGACAGAAUGGCGGCUGAAUGUAGACAAGGUGAUUGGAGAGUGGUUCCACCAACAAGACGUGGACUUUGUCUCUUUGUACUUUGGAGAACCAGACAUAUCAGGGCACAACUACGGACCUGACUCUGCAGAGGUCAGAGAGAUGGUCAAACAAGUGGACCGUACUGUGGGCUACCUGCGAGAAAAGGUCCAACAACACGGCCUUACAGACAAGCUCAACAUCAUCAUCACUGCAGAUCACGGGAUGAAUGAGAUCUUCCGUGGUGGAGAUGUUCAGAAGAUCAUCCUCUCCAAGAUCCCUGGCUUCAGUUUCAAGGAUAUCCAGUUCCAGCUGUUGGAUUAUGGUCCUGUUGGGAUGCUGCUUCCUAAAGAGGGGAAGCUGGAGACUGUGUACCAGGCUCUGAAGGGGGGGCAUCCUCACCUUCAUGUGUACAAGAAGGAGGAGAUGCCAGCUAGACUACACUACAGUAACCAUCCUCGACUCCUGCCACUGAUCCUCAUCGCCGAUCCAGGAUACAUUGUCAACGGGUUUCUACCUCUGAACUCCAACAAAGGAGAGCACGGCUUUGAUAAUGAAGUGGAGAAUAUGAGGGCGUUCUUCAGGGCGGUGGGACCGGACUUCCAGGUAGAUAAGACAGUUGGACCCCUGGAGAUGGUUGAUCUGUACCCACUGAUGUGCCAUCUGCUGGGGAUAGAACCAGAGGUUCAUGACGGACACCUGAAGAACACUGAGCUCAUGCUGGCUCCUGAGAAAGACAAAGGAGGAGACAGUGGCAAGACAGAUUCUCGAAAGGAGGUGUUGAUCGGCCUGUCAGCAGUGGUCGGCUUUCUCAGCCUGGUGUUCAUCAUCACCUUGUCCUACAGCAUGUGCAAAGGGAGCGGCAAAAAACGCAAAGAGAAGGCCAGCAAAAAAGACAGUAAUGGGAAAAGUGAAUCAAAGUUCUAA